AAUGAACAAUAAUAGUGACAGAUCGUUCGUACCAUAUGCACGCACGGAUGGACAACAUUUGUGCGAGUGUGUGCGUGAGUGAUGCAGAUUUACAGGGUUGAAGCAGGUGUGACACGGUUAGUCAUUUGUCUGUUCUUUGUUUCUGCUACUUUUUCUCUUCACAUUUCAUCAGCUGUCAGGGAAAUGAAUUGUACUUAAUAUUUUCACCUUAUUUCUACUUGUACUCCUCCAAAUGGGGACGUUUGGGGUUUUUAAUAGUUAAAGUUUUCGCAGCUGUACAAUGUCCAGCAGAACUUGGAAACCCCUGUAAUUAACCACCGUUCUGCUGUCAAAAUCAAGUUCGACAAGACAGAUUAGCUCGUUUAUGACGCGUGGUUCAGUAACGCCAAAUACAAAAUAACACCGGAUGAUGUCCAGCAAACUAUCCCAGUGUGCACCGUGUCGGAAAAUGCUGAAACGUCAACAUGUAACGUAUUUUCGCGCGACCAAAAGUUUGAAAGGGUAAACAAAUCAGUUCGGAGGGACGCGCAACACAGCUAGCAGCACAGCAGAAAUGCACACGGUCAGCAAAACUGUCCCGACGCAUGAUUUUAGAGACAUUGGCCCGGACUCCCUGCAUUUUGUAAGAUGCUGCCUUUGCCAGUGCUAUACGCCUUUUAUUUUUUACGUCGUAUCGAAGAAAGCGCUAGACAUAGUGGCGAAAAUACUGCCCCCACAACAUAACUUCUUUUGCGUGAACUGCCUCCCGAAACCAUUGUCGACGGGGAAUGAUGCGGAUGAGCUGUAUCUUCCCGGCAGUUUGUUCAAUAAUCACGAGUUCCUGUCAAUGUUCCGAGGUUACGAGUAUGAUAAUCCCUACGAUCAUGAAUUUGCAACAAAAAAUCGCAUCAUCAUUACCGAGCUCAGUAAAAUCUACUCCAACUUUAAGAGCAUCGCACGCAAACCGCUACCGAAAGCGGUAAAACUGAUGAAGCUGUAUCAACUUUUCCCGUCGGUACAUCAAAUCCGUUCCCGAAAGUAUGGCUCGAUGGCCGAAAUGUACACAGAGCUGCGCAGAAAGUACAAGGCAAUAAGCGUGGCAUACAAUACGAGCACCAGCCGACCGUUUUAUGAUGAUUUCGAUAUACUGGUUGAACGCACCCCGCUCCACUCGCAAACAGCACGGGACCGGUCGCGGGGAAGCUUAGCCCAGCAGUCAAACAUCUUUCCUACCGAUACAUACUUGAUGCGCUCGCAAGGAUCGGACCAAGCAAGCAUGGCAGGUGAAAGUGACGUAGAUGACGCCAAUACGGUACAGUUUAGCUCGCAAUCUCUAACCGACGAACCGGAGCACCAGCUGCAACUACCCGAAAGCCAACAAUCGGCAGCUCUAUCGAUACUUAGCUCGCAGGACGUCCAGCAGAAUCCUUCGUUGGGUUCGGUCAAUAUCAGUUCGCAGGAUGUUGAGAUCGAUCCGAUCUUACCACUGUCCGAGAGCAUCCGCAGCAUCUCGCCCAACAUCAGCAUAGCGUCCUCGGUCAGCUCAGUACAGCCGGUGACUCGCAUUAGACCACUGCAGGGUAUUAGCGAUUCGCAGGAACCGGGACCGAGCGGUUUGCAGCAACAGCAGAAAAACGCUCGUGCAUCUCCACAAGCAAAACGCCGCCGUCUUUCCUCUACUCCUGUCAAUCCAUCGCCCCAGGAAGCGCAAUCGUCCCGCAGUUCUCGAGUCAGACUGCCUAGAAUGCCUGGAGGAUAGAAUCAUUGAACAGUUGCUUAAAUCCAUUAGUAUCUUUUGUGUUGUUUUCCGUUCUUUUUUUGUAAGUUAAUCAGUAGCUUGUGUUGUCACGUUAGUUUAAAAAAAAGGACAUACAAAGAAAACUGUUCGUUUGCAUUACGUAGCAUAAAGCAUGUUGACUGAUUAUUAUUAAAUAUGACUACAUUCUAUGUGAUGUUGUGGUUUUUUAACAAACUGUUUGUUCGUCUUUGUGAUGCUAUUUGCGUUUGUUUUUGUUUUCUUUCCGAACGAACACCACUACUCUCUACCCGUCUCUGUGGGUCACGUUUUGACGGAAGUUCCUUUUCCGUUAAAGGUUUUAUUUGGUCUAGAAAAUAAAACUACCGCAGACAAAAUAAAACAAAAUAAUGCUAAUUACACACCCCAGGGCGCCAGCUAGCGAUGAUGCAUUUAUUGAAAUGCAGCGCUCAGCUGCGUCCUGCAGUGUGCACUGGAAACGAUAGGAAAAGUUAAAAAUAGUUGCCAUACACCACCAUAUGCCAAUGUUGAUGAACGAUCGUAUUCUGUAGCGACUCAAUUUGUGAUGAAUUGUUGUGACUUUAUCCACACACACCCACACAACGACACCAAUUGUACACUAGCAAGAGCUACGCAAAGAAAAGGGUAGAUUCCGAGAUCCGGUCUCAACAAAAGUUCGAACGGGUGCAAUAAAUGACGAUUGAAGGGAAAAUGCA